GAUACAUUUUAAAAUGGUGUAUUUUUAUAUUUGUUCCUAGUUUUCACGUAAACUUUUGGAAGCUAAUUACAUAAUUUUGUAGAAAUUCAAGGGAGACAUCUCGUUAGAUAUAACUGUACUAAUUUACUAAGUAAUAGUAUCACGUGGAACUGAACGUCGUAGGUUCGAUUCCCACUAAGGACAGCACGAAUUUUCUCUUUUACUACCAUUUUCAUAUUCUUUCGAGAGUGUUGGGGUAUGACAACUGACCGCUAUUCCACGGCCCCUAUACGCUCCAAUGGCGUAGUGUUGAUCCAUCCCUGACUUACAUUAAGUCUCUGCCAUAACGAAGUGUUCGUGAAGACUUGAAUGCAUCGAGACACGGUGUGAUUUUAUCAGGAUUAAUCACCCUGGGAACCGCGUAGGCACACUUCCGACAGAAAGAGGGCAAUGACAGGCAAGCAGUGCACUGUAGAACAUGUAAAACAGACGACAACGUACACUAACUGGUUUGUUCACACAUCAGAAGAAGGACGAGAGAGCAAGUUUAUUGUUUUUGUUCUCGAAGGAAAGCGUCUCUAAACUGGAUCAGCAUCUUUCUCCUGAGGUCUCCGCGCCUCAAGUUCACUGUAUAACUUCGACUGCCAAAAACGCCCAACCACAAUAUAUUCACCCUGAAGAUGUUAACGGUAAUGUCUGUAGAAACGCUGUAUAAUUUUUAACAUGCGUUGUACAUUCAUACAUCAGAAUCGUUUUUUUAUAUGAAAGAUGUGUACUUAUCGAUAAUCGUCAGAUCCGAAGGUCCUUCGGACCCUACGCUACGCCGAAAACCAACAGCACAUCCUCACCGUAGCGAAAACAUCAAAUCUCACACAAAUCAGUGGACAUUCCACUUCUAACCCCUGAUCUCGGGGAAAAUCUCUCUUGUCUCCAGCAGUUUCUCAUGUCUGUUGGCCGCCAUUUUCCAUCACGCACCAUUGUCAACAAAAGACGGUCUAGAGGCGUAACGAACAAAGUUGUUCACGGAGGGAUAGGAAACGAUCACAAUAAAAAGAACGAAAAACGAGAAAUCUCGCGGAAAACGAGAAACGGCGAGACAUCCUGGGAUGCAUGUACUUCGUUUUUGCACGCAUUUGCAACGCCUUCACAUACACACCGGUAAUUGUUUCCGUGUUCCCGGUUGUCGGUACGAGGUCGGACCGGCUGCAGAAUUGGCGCGAACGGCAACGACUAGUUUGAAGCUGAAAACUGCGGCAUUCAAAUUCAGUGGCUCUGGCGGCGAUCCACCGGAGUCGCUCGCCGAGAUCCUAGCUUCUAUGACGUCAGCUUCGUUCACUGAUAAACGUUCUAUUCAGGUUUAUGGGAAUAUUGAGGGGUCAGGCAGGAGGAGGCACGAGGUGAUGACCAUUUCCCCUCAAGAAGAAAUCCACGGACACGCUGCAGUGGCGGACUCUGGUUUAAGCUCGUUCCAUCGGACCAUCGCCCCUCUAACUGUGAUGGCGCAAUGCUUUGCGCUGUUACCCGUCCACGGGGUCACUGCCCCAAGCCCGAAAGCCCUCAGGUUCCGGUGGAUGAGCGCCCGCGUGGCCUACACGAUCGCCGUCCUCUUCUCGCUGCUCUUCAUGGUCUUCUUCUGUAUCCUCUACAUCCUGCAGAUCGGUGGGACAUUCCAGGAUGCUCAGUGCAUGAUCUUCUACGGCAUUGCGACGGCCACCUACGGCGCGUUCCUGCAUUUGGCCGGGCGAUGGCCACGGCUCGUGGUGCAGUGGAGCGCCGUAGAACACGCCCAGAGCUGCUACGGCUCGUCAAAGUCGCUGCGCCUCAAAAUCCGGUGUAUCACGGCACUGCUUCUCGCGGGAGCAGCAAUAGAACACUUCCUUAACGAGUACAACAACCUGAGUUUCGCGGCGCGUCACGCCAACACCACGUCAGGCGUCGUGCAACAGUACAUGCUGAGAAGCCACCAUCACUUGUUCACUUACCUCGGCUACUCUCACGCAUGCGCAGUCUUCGCGUCCGUGGCCGCCGCUCUGGCCACGUUUUCCUGGAACUUCAUGGACCUGUUCAUAGCUGUCACCAGCAUCGCGCUGACGGAUCGCUUCCGCCUGCUAAACCGAAACCUGCAGGCCUUCAGGGGCAAGCGAAUGUCCGCGGAGUUCUGGAAGCAGACACGUGAACGCUACACCAGUCUCAUGUACCUGACCGACACCCUCAACUUGGGCGUGUCUCACGUGGUGCUGCUGUCUUUUGGAAGCAACCUUUACUUCAUAUGUCUCCAGCUCUUCAACAGUCUCAAUCCACUUAAGAACUGGUACGAGCGGGUCUACUUCUAUUGGUCCUUCGGGUUCCUGUUGCUCCGCACAGCCACUGUGUCUCUCUCUGUGGCCGGCAUCAACGACGAGAGUCGUCUACCCCGGGUCCUGAUGUACGCCCUUCCGUCAGACAGCUACAAUGACGAAGUUUCGCGGUUCCAGCAGCUCGUUACAACGUGCCACGUGGCUCUCACCGGCCUCAGCUUCUUCUCUGUGACCCGGACAAUGCUGCUUACGAUGGCGGGGACGAUUGUGACGUACGAAAUCGUGCUGGUCCAGUUUAGUCACGUCAACACGUAAAUCGCCGAAGGCUGCAACUGCUACGCGCUCCUUGUAGGACAGGAUAAUUUAUGAGGAGCUGUGACAUUCGUGAACCACACCUUUUUUGAAAAUAAAAUGUUUGUGCAUUCGUAGGAUUGAAAAUUGAAAAUUCUGUGACGUCAUAUCUAUAUGUCGGUCCAGAAGUCGCUAUUUGAGUGACGCCUCGUCCAUUUGUAAA